ACAGUCUCCGGCCAAUCAGGGUGCGGACGAGGUCAUAGUCAGGAAGUAACUAGUGUGUAUGUGCUGCAAGUUAAUAGUACACGCUAUUGCUAAAACUAUUACUAUAAGUAGAUACAUAUAUAUAUAAAUAAUAUAAAUAUAUGUAUAUAUAUACAAUAUAAGUACAUAGCGGAUAUAUCAACGGCUUGAGUUUUGAUACGUGAGUUGGUGCAUGAGUGUCAUAUCGUCGCCGUGAUCGUCAUUGUCCUGAUGAAAAGGUCACAAAAUAAACUCCGCUGUCACUUUCGGCCAUAAAAACAAGUACAAAAAAACACCACCUGUAAACAUACACCUGAGUUUAUUCAUUAGUAUUUUUUUAUUAUUAUUUAAGUAUUUAAAAAAAAAUAAUUAAUUUAUAUUUUUUGAAUAUUCAAACCAGAUGAAAUAAAUUUUAGCGGGUAUGGAGUGUGAAUAACAAAGAGAGAGAAGAAAAUAUAUAAAUAAUAAUUGUAAGACCAAAGUGGACUCCCGGUAUUGCCUUCCGUGAUUGGUGUGUCGUGCUGAGUGUGAUAAAAAUCUGGAGGGAUAUCCUACAAACACAACAUUAAUAAUAAUAAAUUAUUAUUGUUAUUAUUAUUCAUUAUACUACGCAAAUUAAUAGACGGUAAUGACGAUGUAACGGCAACGACUUGUUAUUAACUGUCAGUGUUUUAGCUUCGAACCUUUUAUAAAAUAUAUUAUUAAUUGCAACACAAUUUAUAAAUAUAUUAUUAAUCAUGUCAAUGUAUAGGCUAAAUUUACGAUAAAGGUGAAUUAUAUUUCGGAGAAACAUUUUGUUAUAAUUUAUCACUGUGAAGAUCAUCAAGAGGCUUUAAAUCAUCAGAAAAAGUAUCAGUAUCAAGAUCUGGAGCGUGACUAGUGAAUUUACAACAGUGAAUCUUGUGGUAGACUAAAUAAGAUUUAAAAUUUAAGCUCUUAAAAGUUAGUAAAAAGAUUUUUUAAGAAGAAUCGGGUGAUUGUAAGACGACAGUGAAUUCGCCGCUGUGGCUACUGGCCGCAGCGGUGUCGACAACAACACACAUUUCACAACAAUAUAAAGACACUCUGGGUUAAAAAAUCCAGCAGCCUUAGGGCACUGAGUGAUAGUCUGCAAACAACAGUAUUAUUGAUAAUUAUCAGUUUAAGGAACCUCCAGAAAUAAAGUAAUUUAUCAACAUGGCGGAUCUUGAAGCUGUUCUCGCUGAUGUCAGCUAUCUUAUGGCUAUGGAGAAAAGCAAAUGCACUCCAGCAGCACGUGCUAGCAAGAAAAUAGUUCUUCCAGAUCCCAGCGUGAGGAGUGUGAUGCACAAACAUCUAGAAGCAAAAAAUGAUGUUAACUUUGAUAAAAUAUUUAACCAAAUGUUAGGGUACCUUUUAUUUAAAGAAUUUUGCGAGACUGUAUCAGAGGAACCAGUUCCUCAGCUUAGGUUUUACGAAGAGAUAAAGGCGUAUGAAAAACUAGAAGCCCCAGAAGAAAGAAGAAAACUUGCCCGAGAGAUAUACGACAACUUUAUAAUGAAAGAACUCCUGGCGCAUUCACAUGAAUACUCAACAGAUGCUGUCUCUCAUGUACACAAAUAUCUAAUGAAGAAUGAGGUGCCUGUUAAUUUGUUUGAGCCAUACAUCGAGGAAAUUUUCAAUCACUUAAGAGGGGAGCCAUUCAAAAAGUUCCUGGAGAGUGAAAAGUACACGCGUUUUUGCCAAUGGAAAAAUCUCGAGCUAAAUAUUCAGUUGACAAUGAACGACUUCAGCGUGCAUCGCAUAAUAGGAAGGGGCGGCUUUGGCGAGGUUUACGGAUGCCGCAAGGCCGAUACAGGAAAAAUGUAUGCGAUGAAGUGUCUCGAUAAAAAACGUAUCAAGAUGAAGCAGGGUGAGACACUUGCACUCAACGAGAGGCUAAUGUUAUCUCUAGUCAGCACCGGGCAAAAAUUCCAGGUGGAUUGUCCAUUUAUUGUCUGUAUGACAUACGCCUUCCACACACCCGACAAAUUGUGUUUCAUCUUAGACCUGAUGAAUGGCGGUGAUUUGCACUAUCACUUGAACCAACACGGUGUUUUCAAUGAACUUGAGAUGAAAUUCUAUGCCGCGGAAGUAAUUCUUGGUCUUGAACACAUGCAUCGACGAUUUAUUGUCUAUCGGGAUCUUAAGCCAGCAAAUAUUUUGCUCGAUGAACACGGACAUGUUAGGAUAUCCGAUCUCGGGCUUGCAUGUGACUUCUCGACAAAGAAACCUUACGCGAGCGUUGGUACACACGGAUAUAUGGCCCCUGAGGUACUGUCAAAAGGAACGACAUACGAUUCUAGUGCUGAUUGGUUUUCCUUUGGCUGCGUGCUCUACAAACUGCUCAAGGGUCACAGUCCAUUCAGACAACACAAGAUUAAAGAUAAAAAUGAAAUCGAUCGAAUGACAUUGACGAUGAAUGUCGAGUUUCCAGACACGUUUUCACGUGAAUUAUGUUCACUUUUGGAGGGCUUGCUGCAACGCGAUGUCAACAACAGGCUCGGAUGUCGAGGCGCUGGAGCUGAUGAAUUAAAAGCACAUCCAUUUUUCAGUGGAAUUGAUUGGCAGCAGGUUUAUCUCCAAAAAUAUACUCCUCCCUUGAUACCACCGAGGGGUGAAGUUAAUGCGGCGGAUGCAUUUGACAUCGGUUCAUUUGAUGAAGAAGAUACUAAGGGUAUCAAAUUGACAGACGCUGAUCAAGAUCUUUACAAAGAAUUUCCACUGGUUAUCUCUGAGAGAUGGCAAGCCGAAAUUGCUGAAACUGUUUUUGAAACAAUCAACAUUGAAGCGGAUAAGAAUGAAAACAAAAAGAAGGCCAAGCAAAAACAACGAUUUGAUGCUGACGAAAAAGAAUCUGAUUGUAUACUUCAUGGAUAUAUUAAGAAACUUGGUGGUCCAUUUGCAAGCGCUUGGCAGACGCGAUACGCAAAAUUAUAUCCCAAUAGACUAGAAUUACAUCCAGAGUCUACUACAAAACCUGAGCUUGUUAUUCUAGAUCAAGUAGAAGAAGUAAGUGCUGAUUUACAGCAUGUUAAAGGUGAACAAUGCAUUGUUGUACGUACCCGUGAUGCUAAAAUAGUCCUCACUAAUCCCGAUGAAAUUAGUUUGAAAGAAUGGGCAUUAUCGUUAAGAUCAGCACACAAAUCUUCAAUGGAGAUGUUGGGCAACAUGGCUCGAAAAGCUGGUAAAAUCUACGGAGCAGAGCGUGAUCCAACAAAUGGCAACUAGCGCCCUUUAUUAAAUAUUAAUUUAAACAACAAUAAUAAUAAUUAUUAACUGAUGAAUAAAAAUAGGUAACAGCGAAAUAUAAACAAGGAAUAGUAUGACUCAUUGUCCCACUGCCCCGCAGCAGCGAAAUCAGCAGCAGCAAAUUUUUUUAUACCAUCAGAAUUAAGAAAGGAAAAAUAAUAAAAAAAAAAUAUACUAAAAUAACGAAAAAUUAGAAUCAAGGCACAAUUUAUCAUUUUUAUUUAUAUACUUCAAUCAAGACACAUGAGUAUUUCGAUUGUUUCCCUUUGCAGCGAAUAAAAUAAUUAAAAUAACAAUAAUAAAAAACAAAUGUCCCAAAUUGUAACGGCGAUUAGCGUCGUGCUGUAUAGACUCUAGAGUGUAGUAGAGCUGCAUUGCAUUGUGGAGUAAAAAUAAAGUAAUUUGCGGUACACACAAAAAAAAGAAAAGGAAAAAAAUAUAAAAAAUAAAAAAGUCAUUGACAUGAUUCGUGUGUAACAAAUAGCAAUUUAAUACAAUAAACUACAAUAAAGUGCAAUGAACAUGAUUGUAUGUGUGUACUUAGGUCAUUACUUCAUGAUGCAUUGUAUAAAACUGUGUUAUAUGUAUAGGUAUAUGUAUAUAUUAAUAUAUAUGUAUACAUAUGCACACAAAUUCGUAUGUUAGUAGUUAUGUGUGCAGUGUGGCGUGUAGCAAUUAGUUAAGUGAGCCACGUUAUAAAAUUGAUCAUCAAAAUUAAGAGGAAAUGACGAAUUAAAAAAUACGAGAUGCUAAAAAAUUGAAAAAAAAAAAAAAAAAAACAUUUCGGCAGUAAAAAUCAAUUAAAA